AUGCAUGUGGCUAAAAGUAUUGAAAACAUACAGAAGUCCAGCAAAACAGAAAAACAGCUUAUAGAACGAGACCAGGCCGAAGAGAAAAGUGUGAAAAAGCUGGAGGAUACUUUGGAUUGCGAAGUGAAGAAAUAUAAUGCGGUAGUGGCUGAUAAUGCGACACUUCGUGAAGAAAUAAGUCAUUUGAUAAGAGAAAGAGCAAAUUUCAAUACUGCUUGGUCGGAGAUUGCUGAUCGUUUAACAAAUGGUAAACGAAAAAUGUCUGAUUUAAUUGAGCAAAGUAGUUCGGCUUAUGAUCAACGAGACGAACUUUGCAGAAAACUGCAAGCUUUGAAGGCACGCGGCCAAGCUGAUCUGUUGCUGCAUACUCAAGAAAUACGUGAACUUCAGAGAAGAUUGGACCAUGAUAGAAAACUGCAAGACUACUUAGAAAUUAAAGGACGUCGCAGAAUCAUGAGAGAUUUCGAAGCUCGAGAAGCUGCUAAAAAGCAAAAACUGAAAGAAGCCGCUGAACAGAAGACAGAUAAUUAUAAACAAAUUAUUGCAAAAAUAAUAGAAUUCAACAAGGAAAAAGAUAUGGAUAAACUUGGUGCCCAGUUUGUUAAACAAGAAGAAGAAAACUUUGCUCUAUUCAACUAUGUUAAUGAAUUGAAUCAGGAAGUAGAACUACUAACUGCGGUUGUUGAUGAUUUAAAAAAGAAAAUUGGUGAACAACACUGCAUCAAUCAGCAGAGAGAACAAAAUCAAGGACCAGCGCUAACACUUUUGCGACAGAAGCUUGAAGAAAAAAUAAACAGAAAUGCUGAAGUGGAUGAGAAAAAAAUUAAAGUUGAUGACAGAUUGCAGUUUUUAAUGAAAGGAAUAGAAGAAGUUUUCUUGAUUAUACGUUGUGAUAAUGCACCCAUUUUACGUCUUUUGGGAGACACAAGUUGCAUAUCUACCGACAACAUAACAUUGUUCUUGGCACUCUUAGAGAAAAAGGUGAACAUAAUGUUGAAAGCUGAAUCAGAAAUAGACAUCAAUCAUGAGGUAGCCCAAGCUGCCGCCACUAUAAAGAAGCAGGGCCAUGAAAAAGUGGCAAAAAAAGCUACAUAG